AAAGGAGCGUUGGCAUAAAGACACCAAGGAUAGUUGCCGUUCUCUCCCAAAAAGGUGGUGGGGGAAAAUCAACCUUGGCUCGCUAUGCCCCAGCUCGGAUUAGUGAAGGAACUUUAAAUAUUGCUAAGGUGGCUAACUUAAUAAUUCAACCUGUCCGUCCUAGUUUGGAUGACUUAAAUCCAGCAAUAAGAGAGUUUAACAGUUUGCUUAAAGUUAGAAUAGAUAAAAAUAAAUUAGCCUUUGUUAUAAAUGCGGUUAGUUCAGAAGCGGAGGAAAAAGCUACGCGGAACUAUUUAGAAAAAGCGAGUUAUUUUGUUUUUACUACUUCUUUACUAGAAAAGAAAUUAAACCCUUAUCAUCUAAGAGGCUUUGGUUGUGAUAGGUGUGGUAAUGAAUAUCAUAAUGAAACAGCUUAUUCACCAGCUCCUAAUUUAAAUGAAAUAAAUAAUUACUAUACUUAUUGCUCCAAUUGUGUAAUAAUUGAGGAGGAACCAAAAAAACCAUCAACCAAAACCAAAAAAACCAAAGAUUUUGGUUUGCCACCCCAAGAAGCCAGCGAAAAUUUAAGGUCUUUGGAAAUAGAUAAAAGAACUUUACGGAAAACGGGACGAAUUAAACAAUUUAAUACUAGUGUCAGCGAGGAAUGA